AUGACUUCUCUCUCUUCAGGAUGCUGCCUGUUGGAACCAGGAAUACUGGUUUGUGGUGACACUGGUUUAAUUCAGCGUGGAUUGCCCUUAUCUAAUGAGUUUUCUCUGUUUACUUUGCCAAUUUUGGGAGUAGACCUCCACUGUGAUUCCAGACCAUCUGUCCCCUCUCCCUCUUCCUCAGGGAUUGGGAUCUGGGCAGAGAUGAAUUCCCUGAGCAGCGAGAGCCAAAAGCAAUCGGUACGAAGUCUUAGAAGGAGAGAGAGGGAGCCCAGGUGUGAGAGAAAGGAAACUCCAUACUCUGAGGCUCCCUCCCUGAAAGAAUGA